AUGGUUCAUAAAUGUACCUCGCUUAAUUUCAGCCAAAAAAAAGAGUCUAACAGAAAAAAAAUUGGAGGGGGGCCUCCAGCUGUAUUAACCACCGUGGAAGACCUGGUCAUAGAUGGCAUCCGCGACAAGCCACAGCUGAUUGGCAUUCCGGGUGGCAUUGAUUCAGGCGUGGCUGAUGUUGCUGAGAUGGCAGACACUGAUGAAGCCUCAGCCAAGUGUACACUAACUGUUGCUGAGUGGACAUCAAAGCCUGCAACUGCCUCGAAUGUAGCCACUUCUUCAACAUCAAGACCAUCAAAAGAAUCGUUGAAAAAGAGAAAGAGAAACAGAUGCUAUGAAGAAGAGCUACUUGAGCUGGAAACAAGACGUGCACAGGCUGAGUUGGACCUGCUGUUGCAGAGGCAACAGCAGGAAAAACAGCUACAUGAUCUUAGAAGGUGA